AUGACGCGGAGCCUGGGUAUCGGCAGCUGAGGGAGGCUUAAAGAGACAACAGCAAAAUCAUAGCAACUUGAGGGCAAGAGAAACGAAAUGAGAAAGAUACCCUCAAGCGAAGAACCAUGACUUCGACUACGUUUCGAUAGCUGAAAUUUAAAGACAUACAGCUGACAUCAAACCCAUCAGUUACUCGUCUUUCUCGUCGCCGUGCUCUCUCCGUCGUCUGCUGUGGCCCUGCAACAUGGAGAAUGUCCACUGUGUCACUGAAGGCUGACCAGAAGAAAUGAGGCACUCCAGAAGAUGUUCCCAAGUGGCCUUGUGGAUGCAGUAGCUGGGUUUCCGAGUGCUUUUUUAUGACUAGUAUUGUAUGUGCGUCUGUGGGCACAUCCUAGCACAACCUGCCUAUUCUUCAGGCAGGGACAUGCUACUCUGAGGCUGGAGCUGGAGAAACACACAAGAAAGACGGCCCCUCUGGUAAACACGGAACACGAAGAAAAAAAGGGAAGCACUCAGCAGAAGAGCUGUCUGAUAGACACACGGGGCACUGCAGCUCGUUUAAAGUGUCUACUGAGCCACUGCACAUUUUAACAGCAACACCUUUCCUCUGUCCUACGAAAUUUUGUCUCCCACCCCCUCCCAAAAGCAUCCUCUGUCGUUGUUAUUGGAAUUUCUAUGGUUUGCAUGGCUGGAGAAUAACCGUGGAGAGGCCAGGGUAUCACAAGCUUAUGGAUUUUGAUAAGAGAGGGGGCAAGGGAGAGACAGAGGAAGGGAAAAAGAUGUCUAAGACAGCAGGCAGCAGGACUGGACAUGGGGGCCGGAGUUCAGGGACCAAUUCUGGAGUUCUUAUGGUUGGCCCAAACUUCCGUGUGGGUAAAAAAAUUGGCUGCGGGAACUUUGGAGAGCUGCGGUUGGGAAAAAAUCUCUAUACUAACGAAUAUGUCGCCAUCAAAUUGGAACCUAUAAAGUCCAGGGCGCCACAGCUCCAUUUGGAGUAUAGAUUUUACAAACAGUUGGGAAAUUCAGAGGGAAUCCCUCAGGUGUACUACUUUGGUCCUUGCGGGAAAUACAACGCCAUGGUGCUGGAGCUGCUUGGGCCCAGCCUAGAGGACCUGUUUGACCUCUGUGACCGCACCUUCUCCCUCAAGACAGUCCUCAUGAUAGCCAUACAGCUGAUAACACGGAUGGAGUAUGUCCACACCAAGAGUCUGAUAUACAGAGACGUGAAGCCAGAAAACUUCCUGGUUGGGCGGCCCGGAAGCAAGAGGCAGCACACCAUCCACAUCAUUGACUUUGGUCUGGCCAAAGAGUACAUAGACCCCGAGACCAAAAAACACAUCCCUUACCGGGAGCACAAGAGUCUGACUGGGACGGCACGCUACAUGAGCAUCAACACACACUUGGGAAAGGAGCAAAGCAGAAGGGAUGAUUUGGAAGCGCUGGGUCACAUGUUCAUGUACUUCCUCCGAGGUAGUCUCCCCUGGCAGGGCCUAAAGGCGGACACUUUGAAGGAGAGGUAUCAGAAAAUUGGAGACACCAAGCGAGCGACACCCAUUGAAGUGCUUUGUGAAAGCUUCCCUGAAGAGAUGGCCACCUACCUGCGCUAUGUGAGGAGGCUGGACUUCUUUGAGAAGCCUGAUUAUGACUACUUGAGGAAGCUCUUCACUGAUCUGUUCGACAGGAACGGCUAUGUCUUUGACUAUGAAUAUGACUGGGUCGGCAAAUCACUUCCCACACCGAUAGGCCCUAUCCCCAGUGACACGCCCCUGCAGCCCAGCAGCAGAGACAAAGCACAACAGCAGACCAAAAACCAGUCGCCUGAGCCCAAAGGAAGUGAGUCUCAGCCCACUCCAGUGACCAAUAAGGAGACUCUGGGGUCGCACCUCACAGCUGAGCGGCUGGGGGGCUCUGUCCAGGUGAUGAGCUCAACAAAUGGCGAGCUGAACACUGAUGAUCCCACAGCCGGACACUCCAAUGCUCCCAUCACCGCUCCCACCGAGGUUGAAGUGGCUGACGAAACCAAGUGCUGUUGUUUCUUCAAAAGGAGAAAGAGGAAAGCCCUCCAGAGGCACAAGUGAAAGAAGAGAACGGAGAGAACUUGAAACAUUGUGGUCACUGUCAAGUUUUAAAUGGAAGCAACUACACAGACCCCCCCUCCUGUCCCUUAUCUCUUUCCAGCUUCCCCCUCACCUCUUUAUCCCUCUCACCUUAUUCCCCCCCGUCACUCUGUACCUCCCCCCUCUCGCGCUCUCUUUCUCGUUCUCAGUGCUCCCUGGCUACUGGAGAGUUGAAGGAAUGUUGCAGUCCUACUGACUCCACAACAGACUCUUGAUUCCUUUAUCAACGAAAAAUAAACGUACCUGCAUUACAACGGGGGGCUUGAGAAAAAGUAAAAAAGCUGUAACAAUGAAACUCGAAUACCGUGGCGUGAAUAUGAAAAAAGAUACUGUUUGAAACAGUUAUUGUCUACAGUAGAUUCCAUAAGAAGGCGUAUUGUUCCAACAGUCAGCUGUUGAUCAGGGGGAACCAUUCGAGUGGUUCAAGUGAAAGAAAUCUGCUCCUUAGGAAUUUUUAUUUUAUUUUCUUCCUUUGGUGUGUGUUCUGGGAUCAAGGUAAAGAGAAAGGUGAACUAUGCUGUUGUUAAAUCUGAGCGACACAGGAAGCAUUUCAUCUAUAAAACAGAAUCUGGAGGAUUUUAUGUUUUUUUUUUUUUCCCUUUCUUUUUUUUGUAAUUGAAUCCUCAGUUUUCAAAGUCAAAUCCCUACAUUGAAAAACUCAUUUUUAUGUUGUAGUGUUUCUGGAGUUCAAUUCUUUUCCUCACUCUGGCUUUAUUUUUGUCUGUCAACGUGGACUUUGUAGCACAGUCACUGGCCUCAGGUACUGUGGAAGAUCGAGAGAAACAGAUAUUAAGCUCUCUUAUUAUUAUUGCACUUUUGGAAAAAAAAAGAAAACAAUUACAGUGGAAAACUUUAGGUUUGAAAUUAACAAUUAAGAAAACAACUUAAUAAAGACUGAUCUAGGAAGAGUCCUUCACAACGCUUAUAUCUGAGUUAUGGCCGAAAAAAUGUUGUCGAUUUACAUGAAAAGAAAAAAAAAGAUAUGUCUUUCGAUUUUUAUUUCUUACAUCAAAAUAAUUUACCAGGAAAUCAUAGUUUGUGCCUUUCUAAGUAAAAUGUUUAAAGCUCAAGUGAGUGUCCCGCCAUGACAUUUUAUCUAAUCUGUCCCAAAUGCUCACUGGAUUACUCUGUGUGUGUGUGUGUGUGUGUGUGUGUGUGUGUGUGUCUCUGCCUGUUUAUGUGUGUGUGUGCUCUCAAAUGUGGAGGUUUUGUAUGUGAAUAUGUUUGAUGAUGGUGUGCACAUCAGUUGCUCUCACAUAUAAGCAGUAUACAUCCCCUCAUCCUCUGCUGUGACAAUCGACACAUCUGUACAGUGGUGUUUGGUUUGGAGCAAGAUCUGGACUGUGCGUGUAUGUGUGUGUGUGUGUGUGAGUGAGUGAGAGAGAGAGAGAGAGAGCUCCGAGAGACAACAACCCAAAUCUGUUGGAACUGUUGUUUCAUUUUGUCAGGAGGUCACAGACAGACAUGCAGCUCAAUGAGGUUGACUUGUUUAUGAGGUAAAGCUAAUGGGCUGCUGUUUCUGAGCCUGAAAACAAAUUAACCUUCCCCAAAUUCCAAGAGCAUUGAACUGGAAAAAAACAUUUGCCCUUUUUUUGAGUCCCUAGCUGCUGCUAAUAACCAUAGUUUCAUGUAGGGUUGCAACUCAUUACUUUCAUUACCUAUUCAUCUGCUGAGCAUUUUCUCAAUUGAUCGAUUAUAAACAUCAGAAAAUACCCAACAGUGCUCAUGGUAUUAUCCAAGGCUGAACAGUCAUGUCUUUAGAUGUGUUGUUUGGUCUGAUUAACAGUCUAAACCCCAAAUUUGUUCAGUUUACUGGACCAUUUCAAACAUGACAACAUAAACAUACUGAAUGGGUCCUUUUGUAUUUCCUGUUGGUAUGUGUUACAGUGUAUGUGAAUGACGUCAGAUGACAGGAAGUACACAUGGACCUAUACUAUUGCUGAGCAAUGCCAGUUAAACAGGACUAAGAAAAAUAGUGAAUUCUCACAUUUGACAACCUGAAACCAGAUGUUUGGGAUUUUUGCUUAAAAAAAUGACAAAUGAUUGAGUCACAAAAAAGUUGGUGAUAAAUUGUCCUUCAAUUGACGAUAAUCGUUGCAGCUCUAGAUUCAUGUAUUUUCUUUCUUUUAAAUGUGUGUUCUUUUUGUUUCCCGGCCAAGAUAAGCUCUGUGUCUCGCUUGAUGCUCUGUCUGUGUUUAAGAUUGCUUAAAUCAGAGAUUGCAGCUUCUAUGGCCUCCGGUUGUUUAAAGGAGUACUCUUGUAUUAGGUUGGGGGACUCACAAGACACAGAUUUCAAAAGGUGGUCAUAACUGAAGCAGCAGGAGCCAAGAAAUCCUGACUGGUAUGGGUUCGAUUCAAUGUAGAAAAGACUCCAGCGCACUGUCUAACUUGCAAAAGUAAUGAUUUUGUUGCUGCUGCUGAGAGGUUUCAAUGACUAGAACUUCAUCAGGCCGUCAUCAGGCAAAUGAAGGCCUGGUCACUGAAACAUUGCUUCAGCAUUAAACAAAGUUUAUUGGUGGAGUUUAUUUGCCCCUAGAGAUGAACCAUCUUGUUUUCAAGGGGGUCCGACACAAAACAUAGAACACACUUCAUUACAAGGGACACAAUCACAACAUAAAAUGUGCAUACAUAGCUCUCAUUUACCAACCCACCCUCACAUCAUUCCCAUAAGCCAGCAAUACCCUCACAUAAUAAAAUGGAUGUAUAUGCCACAAGACACCUGGAGCAUUAAUAUACUACUACUACCACCACUACUACAAUAAUGGUAACAUGAAUCUUUGCAGGUUAGACAGUGUGCCGGCGUCUUUUCUACAAGUUUUAUUCUUCUCCUCCCUCUCCUGCGCACCUGUUUGAAAAUAGAUGUGCGAAGUUUUCCUUCGCUAUGGGUUAAAUCUCAAAAACACUGGGUCCUACAUUUCCCAUAAUGCCACUGGAUAUUGUCUUUCAUUAGAUCUUUCCUGCCUCCUUAAUCCCCCUUCUUUAAACCCAUCAUGCCAAGUUUAAAAAUGUUAAAAGUGUUGUGUCAGGCCCAGAAGGUGACGGGCGGGCUUCAGCAAAGCUCCCCCAGAGCUGAAUACCUCAGCUUCAUGUGUAAAGUCAGCAGAGUUUCCCUUUAAAACACCACUUGAGCCUCAUCUUUAUGAUUCAUUUAAGUUUAACUUUAGACUUUAACACUGACUGACCUGUAAUGUCACAAUGUGUGAUGACCAUGACCACCACAACAUAUGUGUCAUGAAAUGGGAACGGGAAGUUUAGGUUGUUUUCCACUUUAAGCUUACCAAAGGGCAAUGUUGCAAAUGUAUAAAUGCAUACUGAUGGAUUGAAAACAAAUGACCUGACAUCAGAGGCAAGUUGAGGUGCUGAAAUUCAGACUUAAUGUCACUUGAGUGUUAAUUUCAACAUGAUUCACCCAAACACAACUACAAUGGGGAAAAUAUGUCAAGUCUUUCCACAGCUAACAUUUUGACUGCAUUUAAUCUGGCUCAGCUUUGUUUCUAAAAAGCUAAUUGAUUUGCAGUCAUGAAGGAAAGAUUUGUCUAAGCAUGAUUUAAAGGACGAAAGUGGGCUCUGUGCUUGAAUCACUCGCCACGUGAAGGACAUAAAGAGGAACCGACUGUACUUGCUAACGGUAUUGAAACUCACGAGUUUUCAAAGCCACUCAUACCCACGGCUUUGUUGUUCAUCUAAUUAAGACUACACCGGAGGCGUGUACAUUGCAGAGCUGUAUAAUAACUACAAAGACAAAACAAAUCUCCAGAUCCGCAGAGGAUGGCACGCAGAGCGGCUGCGCGCUUUUACGCGUGAAGUCCAUGUGUCUCAAAGUGCCGCUGAUCGCUCAGAAAAGCUUUUGUUGGCGCAUUAAAAUAUUCCUAAACCGGUUCAGCUGACCAGCGUGGGGACCCAGCUUGGCAUAAUCCAUUACGUUGCGUUUAUUAUAUGAUUUAUGGUUAAGGAGAUUUUUUUUUUUUUUUGGAGAUGCUCAGACCAAGGUUGAACUGUGUUUUGCUCAACGUCUGUUAGUGUAACUAUUUGCAUUAUGUAUUUGUAAAUAUGACAACGACAGAUCUUUAAUUGUGAAUAAAGGAAGUUUUAUCACAGGA